AUGAAUAAAGUAAAACAGUUGGUUGAAGAACUACAAUCGGAAAAAGACGAAGGGAGAAUCAUCACAAAACUUCUAGAAAUAUAUCAGGUCUAUUCUCACAAACAAAAUAAAAAUUAUGAAGCAUUAAACAUUUAUUUGUUAAAUUCUAUUUUACCGCCUCUCCUAUGCAACUGUAUGAAGCAAAAUUUUUCCCAGUUCAAUGAUAAUUGGACCGCUUCUUAUCAAUUGAGCUGUUUUAUAUUAGAAAUUAUCACCUUCAGUUAUCAAACUACUAAUAUCACGAUUCUAAAUGAUCUACAAAAUAAUAUCAUUGAAUCUCAUUUAAUCUUGUUAAAACGAUUACAAAAAUAUUAUCUCAUGUCAUCUUCUGACUCUUUAAUAAAAAUGGAGACACCUAGAGAAGAAUGUCUAGAUUUAAUCCAGUCUUUAUUGACAAAUCUCCAAAAAUUGAUCAGACAUUUUCAAACAAUACCACAUUUACUAUUUAAAUCCCCAUGGUUUUUGCAAUUAUUUAUUUCAGAUAAUCAAGAAUUUUUCAUCUUAUUAGUUGAAUUAUUUACAACAUGCAUUGAUUUGUCACCUGAGUCAUUUCGACAAUUAAAACACAGUUUACGAAUUGAUAUUUUAGAUGAAAUAAUUUAUCAUCUAUCGAUUGUUGAUAUCUCCAAAGGUGUAGAAUCAAUAUUAAGAUGCCUUUUCGUGUUGUUGUCUAGCAUACCAGAAUUGUGUACAACAAUACAAAAGCGCUAUCGUGGAAUUCAGUUGUUACUAAUGAAAUGGGUUGAUCAGUUCACAAGUGAAUCAACUGAAAAUAAACAUGAAAACUGUCAUAAGAAUGAUACUUGUAGAAAAUUAUUAGAUCAAAUUAUCAAGUUGAUCAAUGAAUAUAAGUUACCAGUCAGAGAAAAUGAAACUGUUCAUGGAAAGGAACAGUUUGGAAAGGUUAAAAUGAAUUUGGAUCAAGCAGUGAUCACCAUUCAGUCGUUUUGGAGAGGAUACUCAGACAGGAAAAAAUUGAAACAUGUGAAUAAAAAUAUUGGACGCUUCCAAAAAAACUUCAGAGAACGUCAGCUGAAGAAAACUAACGACCUACAAAGAGUAAAACUAGAGAAAGAACUCCAACAUACAAUUAAUAUGAGUCGUCAUAAACGGUACAGAGAGAAAUUAGAAUCAGAAAUGAAACUAUGGUCAAGUUUACCUCCACAACUGGUUGAAGUAGCUUGGAACAAGCAACGUGAAGAAGCUGCUAUCUCAAUUCAACGACAUUAUCGUGGAUAUUCUACACGUAAAAGCAUCAAAAGUCAACAUGACUACUUAAAACGUGAUAAAGCUGCACGAAUAAUUCAAUCAUACUUUCGUAGGCAUCUCUCACGUUUAGAAUGUCUAUCAACAAGAAAAUAUAUUUUCCCUUUACAUUCAUUAGACAAUAACAUCAUGAAGAAAGAAUCGAAAUUGAUAGACAGCAAGUUCUUAGAGAUCAUCAAAGAUGAAGAAGUUCAUAAAGAAACGCAAAUCAAACUUGAAAAAUACCUUCAUAGUCGUAGGAUUAGUAAUAUCAAGAAUCAAGCCAGGCAAGUAACAUUCACAAGAAUGAAGAUUGACUCUGAUUUAUUAUUGAAUGAAGUGAUCGAAGAAGAUAAACGGAUAGAACAAAAUAAAACAAUAACUCCAAGACAAUUAUGA